AUGCCAGAACGAGUCCUCACACUGGAGCGCGUCUUCACAAAAGAAGACAGCGCCAUCUCGCCCGCCACCGGCAAGGCAAUCAGCCAACACGAAGCAGCGGGACUGAAAAGUCUGACUAGGGAACAACAUUUGAGGUUCUGGGAGGAAGUCAUAUACUGGAACAAAGAGCGCUUCACCGAGGCGAAAUGGCGACAGGCGAAGAAGGAUAUUUUGCGGGCUAAGAAGGAACAUUGUAUGAAGGUGCUUGGGUGGUGUCCUCCUCCUCCGCCGGUACACUCGAUCGUCACACCAGGUGGACGGCAACUACUCCUUUACAGCUCGUCUUCAUGGACUGCGCCAACGGGUGCUCAUCCACUUCGGCCAGCGCACCUUCCGCGCUUCGAAACUGCGAGUCCGACUACACCGCGGCCGCGAUGGGAGAUCUUGUCUUCGGGCCCUGGGACACCGCGGUCUGCUACUGCUGGGCCUGUCAAGAACUCUUUCGCAGAAGGCGGGUUUUGGGAGUCACUGAUUUCACCGAAGACGCCUGUUACGGCUAUACCGAUUCCAACGACACCUGUUACCGCCGUCCCGCCUUCGCCAUGGCUUCCUAAUGUUCCUUCUAUAGACGCCGAAGCCAAAGCCACCUACGAAGACCUCAAAGCCUCCGUCUCAAAAAUGGCCCUCAAGGUCUGCGCAAGCCGCCACACACUCCGCCGCUCCUUCAACAGCGACAACGAUGUCAUACACCCUUCCAUGGUGCGCCCAAAAGACACUUUUCUCGCCGCUCAACUCACUCUCGGCUCCUUGAAACUACAUCAACCUCUGUCGACAUACAUCGACGCCUCUCUUCCCCAAAAGCUCGACUCCCACGCGGAUGACGAAGCGGCAGGCGCGAAGCAAUAUCGCAUUUACCGGCGAGACCAACUGGAUGAUGUGGAUAGCUGGCUGCAGUUUGAUGCGCAGACGGGGGAGUUGACGACUAUACUGGAGGCUCAGCGCGAUUUACUCAAGAUGAACAAGGAUAGGCGGAAGAGUAGAGAGGUUGCGGUUGGGGAGAAGGGUAUCAAGCUCGCGUGGGCUGUAAAGGUUGUGGAUGAUUGUCAGUACUUCGCCGACAUUGCCGCGGAUGGGGAAAGUGAAGGUAGCGACGAGGGCUCGAACGCUCGCAGCAGCGCUACAGAAGACAGCCUCGGCCUAACCCAACGCUCAUCCAGCAGUCCCAUCAAACAAACCCACGACCCCAGCUCCGACACCUUACCACUCCGCACCCGGAACUACACCCUCUCCAACGCCACCAACCCAAACAUCUACACACCACCCCCCUCCCACGCCCACAGCAUCCGCCGCAGCAACGCCACAGCCACCCCUUCCUCUUCCGCAUCCCGUCGUAACAGACAGGGUAGUCUCUGGAUCAACACUAGUCUUGCGAAUCCUUCUAUUAGUGCGGCUAGUACGAUGAGCCCGCAGGAAAGGGGGACGAGGCACAAAGGACCCAGUAUCGAGGAUUUGAGCGGGUGGGCUGAGGAGCUGAAGAAGAUGGAGAGGAAGAGGGUGGAGAUGAGGGGGGAUGGGCGGUUGGGCAGGCCGGCGGGGACUGGUAAGCCGAGACAGUUGAGGUGGUUUUCUAAUACUGAGGGGGAUGACAGCGGUGACGAAGACGUUGCAGAGGGGAAGACGGCGGAUAAGAAGGAGAAGGAGGAGGAUACGGAGGGCGAUGGCUUGACGAUCAAUGGGUUUGUGCAUCCUGCUCUGAGGACAGUAGGUCACGACAACGAUAAUGGCAUUGCGAAUUGGCGUGACAAUGUCGACUUGUCACAAGGGGAAGAUAGGAACAGAGGUGCAAGUGGCGGCAGCACCAGCACAGCUAGUUGGCGCUGCGAGACUGCUUCUAUCGUCGAACGCGAUAGUCGGCCUUCUAGCAUGGCCAUGGAUGACGAGGUCGACGAGAUCGACGAGAUCGAAGACGAGAACCAGAUAUCCGAUAACGACUACGACCACAACCCCUCCAACCCAUUCGAUGAAGCCAACAACCCCUCAUACCUCGACGCCUCCGACUACGACACCAACGACUCUCCUACAAGGACACCAACACCGACCCCCCGCACGCCGCCAAUCCACCCCCAACGCACAUCCUCCUUAUCACCGACACAUGCCCCGAUCAAGAUGUCUGCACUGUCAACACUUCGUGCUCCGGCAUCGACUCCAGUUAUUCAUCAGGAAGGAACACUGCGUCUCGAUCCACCGCGCCGCCCACCACUAACGAAACGGCCACUGCCUCCGCCGAUGCCGUACUGUAAUAUGAGGCCGCCGGCGCCGCGGCCGACGGCUGAAGAGGAGAUGGGCAUGCCUAUGCCGCGGUAUAACAGGCAAGCUACUACGUCUUAUGAACGGCAGUUAGGUCAGAUUUCUGCUGUACCCUCAUCGUCGUCGUUCAUUGAGAUGGUUAAACGACAGGGGCAGGGGCAGGGGCGGGAUGUUGCGUUAUCGUCCUCCUCCAUCGAGGGGUAUGAGAAGCAGGAUGGGAAGGAGAAACAGAGGAGUGCAAGUGGGGGCGUGAGUAAAGCAACUUUACUCCAAGAAGCCGUUCAGUCCCGUGGCGGUAAAACUGGAGCUGGAAGCCAACACACUCGUAUGUGGAGUAAAAGUAGUGGACAGAGUGUGAAGAGUAAGGAAGAAGAGGAGUGGGAUGAAGAAUUGAAACGGAUGGAGGGGAGGGAGAGGGCGAGGCAGAUUGGCAAUUCGUAG